AGUCAUAUUGUGACUAAAGACCGAAAUUAUUAAGUAUCGUGCAUCGUGGACCUCUAGACGAUUGCAAUAAUGUCAUGGAAUGAUGAUAUCGCUUACGCUAUGACUCCCUUCAAAUUCUUAACUCUACCAUUAGGCGUUUGGCCGUUGCAAAAAUAUAAUACAUUUUCUUUAGCCCGAUGUUUUGUGUGCGGCAUCGGUAUGGCUGCGCUGGCAAUCGUGACGUUUUUCGAAUUUAAUUUCGGUAGCAGCGAUGCUUAUGUAAAAAUUGAAGAUCUUUUGUGUAUAUAUGCUAACAUUAUCGGUAUACUAAAGCUGUUGACCUUACGCUUACACGCCGAGAAUUUGACUUACUAUUUCUCUUCUGCUGUAAAUGACUAUCUUGCAAUCGAUAACGAAGAAAAGCGCAUCAUCAUGAGACGGCACGCAUUCAUGGGAAGGAUAAUUUGCUAUAGCUUAGUACCUCUCACUUAUUUAGCUAUAUUAUUUAUCACGCUAACGCCUAUGGUAACACACUAUAAUGAAGACAUCCAAGUUAAUGUAACCAUAAAGUUUCAUCUUUCAGAAUUACCUUUCCCCAUAACAUUUUUAGGACACAUGCAAAUCCCAACGGGUAUAUAUUUCGCAAUAUCUACGAUGGAAUUUUUGAUAACGGCGGUCAUUGUUGCCAGCAAUUGUGGCAAUGAUGCACUUUUCGCCGCUAUUAUUCUUCAUAUUUGUGGUCAAAUGGAACUUCUAAAAAUUGAGUUUACUAAAUAUGGCAUGACAAAUAAAAACGAAAAUGAGAAUUUUUUAGUAUUGGUAUUAAGACAUCGUUUUCUAAUGGAACAUGCAGAACUUUUGUCAGAUGUAAUAAGUUUCGUUGUGCUGACGCAAAUACUGUUUAAUUGUGUUCUUAUUAGUUUGUAUGGUUACCAACUUUUCUUGGCAAUGAAAGUAGUACUGAUCGUUAGAACCACGAUAUUGUUGAUUGUUCUGCUGUUAGAAAUGUUUGUUUAUACUUUCGUAGGCGAUUAUUUGAAAUGUCAAAUGGAAGAAAUUGCGGAUUCAAUUUACAGUAGUAAUUGGUAUUGCUUGCCAGCGAAAUUGAUGAGAAACGUCUUGUUUGUCAUCAUGCGAUCGCAGCAACCAGUUCAGCUGUUAGCUGGCAAAUUUUUUAUUGUAAAUAUUAAAACUUUUAUGACCAUAUUAAGAACCUCACUAUCGUAUUUCUCUGUCCUACGAGUGAUGAUGGAUGCAUAGGACGAUUUUAAAGAUUUUCUUAGUACUCUCUUAGUGCUAAUUCGUCAACAAUAUCAGCAAAAAUUAUUUAAAGACGAAAACUGAAGAAGCGGCAGACUAUUUGUUAAAAAGAUUUUCUUAAAAAAGUGUAGAAAUAUAGUAUUUGUCAUAACAUAGAUCCAGCUUCCAAUUAAGCUGUAAGUUAAAAAUUUUAGUUAUGGUGAACCUGAGAAUAAAGAAACUUACAAACAUAUUAGCUUAACAACUUUUUCUAUGUAUUUUUCUUUAAUGCGUAGUUAAAGUAUGCAUAGUGUAAAGUGUUAUAGAUGCACGUUAUAAUAUUUUUCACCUCGACAUCUACAGAUAGUAGCCUAUAGAACACAAUUUUAAUAAAAUUGCUAUAAACAUAA